GUUGUGCUCCUACCCUAAGGAUAUACAGCAGCAUCAGGGGCUCACUGGUGCUGAAGAGAUUGAUAAUUUUUUUUCCCUCUUGGAUGCUGGUUUGACUUUGCAAGAUGGACAUACGUGUAGCGUGCAUCCUCCUCUUUAUGGUGGCCUCCACGGCAGCCCAUGGUAAGGGCUAUGUGGUGAAGAAGUUGGUGAAGGCCCCCCAGUACCAGCCAUACUCUGUGAAGAGCCAAGCAGGUGAGCCAGGUCCACCCGGUGAACCCGGCCCUGAGGGACCUUCUGGCCCACCUGGCCCCCGAGGUGAGAGUAUUGAAGGUGCACCCGGACCACAAGGACCCCCUGGACCUCCCGGAGCACCUGGCCGCUCCAUUGCAGGCAAAAAUGGAUCUCCUGGUGGACCUGGAAAACCCGGCAGCCACGGAGCACCUGGUGAGAAGGGAGACACUGGAGCCCAUGGCCUUCAGGGACCUAGGGGAGCCCCUGGAUCUUCUGGAAGCCCUGGACCCGCUGGACUCUCUGCAACUGGCAGGCCUGGACCUUCAGGUCUGCCUGGAGCAAUGGGACCUAGAGGAGAGCCUGGUCUGAAAGGACACCCAGGUAUCCCUGGACUUCCAGGUUCUAAGGGUGAUAGAGGGGUGGGAGCUCCUGGACCUCAGGGUGAGACAGGACCUGAAGGGGCCAUGGGCUCAACUGGAGCACCAGGUGAGCCUGGAGUAGGAAGGCCAGGUAAACAAGGUAUGCCCGGUGAGGCAGGAAAGUCAGGUAGCCCAGGUAGAGAUGGUGCCACAGGUCCCACGGGACCAAUGGGACCCAAGGGACAUACUGGUGCCCCAGGUGUAGGUGUUCCAGGUAAAUCAGGUGAUAAUGGCGCCCCAGGUAUGCCUGGCCCAGUUGGCCCUAAAGGUCACAUGGGACCAGCCGGAGCCACUGGUGCCCCUGGAGUCCCCGGAUAUGGAAAGCCAGGUGCAAAUGGAGAGAAGGGUGAGAUGGGAGCUACAGGUGCCACAGGUGCCACAGGGGCAAAGGGUGAGCAAGGUCCAACAGGAUAUACUGGUGCUACAGGUGCAACUGGCUCCACUGGUCCUGCUGGAGCUCAGGGUCCAAGAGGUUUCCAAGGUGAAUCUGGCCCUGUAGGUGCUAAAGGUGACACAGGUGCAACCGGAGCUCCGGGACCUAGUGGAAACAAGGGAGAUCAGGGAGCACAGGGUUUCGCAGGCAAGCAGGGUUAUCCAGGUGCAGCUGGUCCUCCCGGACCCAGAGGAGCUACUGGACCCCAAGGUGACAAAGGUCAUGGAGGUCUUCCAGGUACCCCAGGUGCCCCAGGUAUCCCAGGCCCUGCUGGACCCAAGGGUCAUACUGGUCGUGUUGGUGAGACUGGUGCCUCUGGUUCUGAUGGUUCCCCAGGUUCCAGAGGACCUGCUGGGCCUCAAGGUCCUUCUGGUGCUCCUGGUCUUAAGGGACACCCAGGUCUUCCUGGCCCUUCUGGCCCAGCUGGUUUGGCAGCUAAGGGUCCCCCAGGGCCUCAGGGUCCCCCUGGUGUGUCUGGUGAGCCUGGUAGUGAUGGAGCAGUUGGCCCAGCUGGUCCUCCUGGUCCCCCUGGUCCUCCUGGUGAGGUUAUGUUUGAGAAGGGGAAGGGGAUGGGAAUGGAAAUGGCUGAGGUUAUGGUCAAGUCUCCCAUGUCUGCUUUCACUGCAUCUCUGGCCACCCCCUACCCUGCUGCUGGCAGCCCCAUUAAGUUUGAUCAGAUCGUGUACAAUGCUGAGAAUCACUAUGACCCCGAGUCCGGCAUCUUCACUUGCCAGAUUCCUGGAGUUUACUACUUCUCCUACAGCAUCCAUGUUAAUGGAGCACAUGCCCUGGUGGCUCUGUACAAGAAUGGCCAGCCUGUUAUGUUCACUUAUGAUGAGUACAACAAGGGCUUCCUGGACCAGAUGUCCGGUAGCGCUGUUCUCUUGCUCGAUGAGCAGGACACCGUCUACGUCCAGAUCCCCGACGAUGAGGCCAAUGGCGUCUUUGCAGCUGAGAAUGUCCACUGCUCUUUCUCUGGGUUCCUCAUUGCUUCAACGUGAUACGUUGAUAGUGAACGUCCCAAAAGCCAACCAACUAAAUUUGCCAUCUAUUUCUCAAACUAAAGUAAACUCCCUGUUAAUUUUUUCCUCAACCAAGCAGACAGGCAGUUCACCCUUAUUUGAGGAAUAGUAGCAUUGCGACUUGAAACUACAAGAAAUAGGUGCUUAGAAGAAGGAAAACUAAUUUAUGAAACAGGUGAUCAGGGAUGGGGGAAGCAAUCCACAAAGUUACCAGUGAGCUUUUGUAAAGGAGACAGCAUGUGAAAUGAGGUGUUAUGUCUGUUGUGUCCUGACUUUUUUUCCACUCUGUUUCUUUUAUACUGAAUUCAACUGGUGAUUCUUAAUUGUUUGUCUGUUUUUUUUUUUGUUUUUGUACCAGCUUGUUUUUGUUUGGGUGACCAAUAAUCGUAUUAAAAGUACACAAAUACUUUCUGUGCAACAUGUUGUAACUGUUAAUCCUUGUAUGUGACUUGAAUAUUGUGAAAUUGUAAUGGUCAAAUUGACCAUUAAAAUGAAAUCAGUCACCAAAAUACUGUCAUGCAAACACAAACGACCAACAACAUGGUUAUAUUCCCGAACAUGCAUUAUGUCGUGUAAAGCAUAAUGACCGAAAUAAAGGUUUCUAAACU